GUGUACAACCCCUACUUUCCAAAAUCUCUAAAAUUCUGUCUUUUCUCAAAAGUUCGUGCUAAAUUUAAAUUUUUAACUGAUCCAGAACCACUUACCGGCCCAUUUCUAAUCGCAAUUUACUCAAUGGCUUCCCCAAUUUUUCAUUUUUUCAAAAUUUUCUAUUUUUCAGGAAUGUAAAUGUAACGUCCUUGAUGGAAUUAUCAGCCCCGUUUCUGACCAUUUCAAAUCAAAAAAGCCUUCUCUAGCCCCAUCAAUACAUCGUUUACGUAUGUCCCAAUUGGCUACAAGUUCUAGUGAUUGGAUUAGAGCAGAUGGCUGGGAAUGUCAAAGGAAAGAAGGGUGGACACGAACAUUGGAAGUUCUUAAAUAUCAUAAUAUGCAGAUGCUUAACAGAUAUUCAAAUCUCCAAAAACUUCGUUUAAUUCUUCUCUGUGGAGCUGAUUUAGUCGAUUCUUUCACUCGUAAAGACCCAACAAGUUCAACUGGAAGGCUUUGGAGUAUCGAACAUUUAAAACAAAUUUUAACUCAAUAUGGCCUCAUAAUUAUUGAAAGGCGUGGGGCAACAGCGAGCAAAACAUUAAAAUCUGAAGAUUUGGAAUUUUUACAUUCUCUUUUGGAUAAUGUGGCUAUAAUUGAAGAAGACACUUUUCCUAAUGAAAUUAGCAGUACAAAAUUGAGGAUAGCUGUACGGGCUGGACGGUUUGGAUUUUUUCUUUUUUUGGUUCUUUCUUGGCGGAGAAUGGGGCUCUUUUUCUAAAUUAUGCAAACAAUGACCGCAAAUUUUUUGUG